GAUACACCCGGUUGCCAGCCUCUUGCACCGUCGCACGCACGCUGCACCCACGCAUGGAUCCCAACGACGCCUUCUCGGCGGCGCACCCGUUCCGGUGGGACCUCGGGCCCCCGGCGCACGCAGCGCCCGCGCCCCCGCCGCCACCACCGCCGUCGCUGCCGCUCGCGCCGCCUGUGGGCGCGCCGAGGGAGCUGGAGGACCUGGUGGCCGGGUACGGCGUGCGCCCGUCGACGGUUGCGCGGAUCUCGGAGCUCGGGUUCACGGCGAGCACGCUCCUGGGCAUGACGGAGCGGGAGCUCGACGACAUGAUGGCCGCGCUCGCGGGGCUCUUCCGCUGGGACGUGCUGCUCGGCGAGCGGUUCGGCCUCCGCGCCGCGCUGCGCGCCGAGCGCGGCCGCGUCAUGUCCCUCGGCGGCCGCUUCCACGCCGGGAGCACCCUGGACGCCGCGUCACAAGAAGUGCUGUCGGACGAGCGGGACGCGGCGGCGAGCGGCGGCGUGGCGGACGACGAGGCCGGCCGGAGGAUGGUGACCGGCAAGAAGCAGGCGAAGAAAGGCGGUGCAGCGAGGAAGGGCAAGAAGGCGAGGAGGAAGAGGGAGCUGAGGCCGCUGGACGUGCUGGAGGACGAGGGCGACGAGGACGGCGGCUGCGCAUCGGAGUCGACCGAGUCGUCCGCUGGUGGUGGCGGCGGCGGCGGCGGCGGGGAGAGGCAGCGGGAGCACCCGUUCGUGGUGACGGAGCCCGGCGAGGUGGCGCGAGCCAAGAAGAACGGGCUGGACUACCUGUUCCACCUGUACGAGCAGUGCCGCGUCUUCUUGCUGCAGGUGCAGUCCAUCGCCAAGCUGGGCGGCCACAAGGCCCCUACCAAGGUGACGAACCAGGUGUUCCGGUACGCGAAGAAGUGCGGGGCGAGCUACAUCAACAAGCCCAAGAUGCGGCACUACGUGCACUGCUACGCGCUGCACUGCCUGGACGAGGAGGCCUCCAACGCGCUGCGACGGGCGUACAAGGCCCGCGGCGAGAACGUCGGGGCGUGGCGCCAGGCAUGCUACGCGCCGCUCGUCGAGAUCGCGGCGCGCCACGGGUUCGACGUCGACGCCGUCUUCGCCGCGCACCCGCGCCUCGCCAUCUGGUACGUGCCCACCAGGCUGCGGCAGCUCUGCCACCAGGCGCGCGGGUGCGGGAGCCACGCUGCCGCCCUCCCGCCGCCCCCGAUGUUCUAGAGAUCUCACAAGCGCGGCGGCGGCCGGAGGCAGGCAGUUCGAUGGUCUCGUCGAAGAUGGAUGUAUGUGCUUUCUCUGAUGAUGUUGUCACUCGUUUGCUGUGUUCUGAGCUUCUGGCUAGUUAGGAAUGGGCUUAGAAAAUCAGAAGAAAAGGAGUGGUGGCGCUACUUGUUGGGCCUGAGCAGGCCGGGACACCAGUUUACAGACAGUUUGGAUGACCCACGCAGUAUGUUGUACUGUAUCUUAUCCCUCGUGAAUGGUUAAAAAAAGUUGUAUCCCUAAGUGUGA